AUGCGGCACUCUGGAAUUCCUACAAAAACUCAUCAGCAGGGGUAUGCUGCCUGCUAUGCAGAAACGGCCGUGCAUCGGACUUUCCAGAUAAAAACAUUUAGUACAGAGUUGAAAAACCAUGUGAUGGUCAUGGAUUUUGUGAAGAGUAACUGGUUUCCCUCCCAGAGAAGAGCCAAAGUUUGUAUCAUCCAUAUGUGUCAAGGCUUGAAGACGGCUGAGCAGACAGCCAGCAGAUAUGAGAUCCACAGUCGACUCUUCUCAUCCCCCAAAGAUCAUUCUGCCUGGGAAAGAAAUGAAAGUCUUUCGAAUGCAGGAUUACGGGACAACUACCACAGUACAAGCGAUCAAAUUGCCCUCAAAAAUCUCCAGUCUGAUGUCACAGAGGCGAAAUCUGACUUCACCAAGGAGACCCUGGCAUCACAAAACGCAAAAAUGAUUUCAUCCUUAGUCAUCUCCCAGAUGAUUGAUGAGAAUAAGCCAGAAGAAAACAGGGCCUCCUUGCCCCUGCCGUGUACGAUUGGUCAGGCUCGUGCACAUCACACCAAGCAAUCUCUGGCUAAUCGCAGCGGAGUCAGCAUUCACAGGGCAUUUGCGUUACUUCCGGGCAGAUUAGGAAUCCCAGCACCGUCAGAUGAGCGAGGACCUGAGACAGAGCUGCCACCCAAAGAGGAGAGCCCCUGUGGGGGUCCCCGCAGAGGGUUUGCAUCCAUCACCAUCACGGCCAGACGCGUGGGCCCCCCAGCCAGCGCCCUGCUGUGGGGGACUGUUGGGGACUCUCUGUGCCCCAAGUGCAGGGCUGAGGACACACUGUUCCAGGCGCCCCCAGCUCUGGCCAAUGGCGCCCAUCCAGGUCGGCAUCAGAGAUCUUUUGCCUGCACAGAGUUCUCCGGAAACAGCUCCAUGGUGCGGCUGAAGGUUCCCGAGGCCCACACAGGGUUGUGUGAGAGACGCAAGUACUGGGUCACCCAUGUGGAUGACAAAGAGACCAGUUUUUCUCCAGACACCCCACUGUCAGGAAAGAGCCCGCUGGUGUUCAGUUCCUGUGUCCACCUCAGGGUGUCUCAGCAGUGUCCAAAUUCAAUCUAUUAUGUAGACAAGUCUCUCUCCGUCCCCAUUGAGCCACCUCAAAUUGCCAGCCCCAAAAUGCACAGAUCCGUCCUGUCGCUCAACCUCAGUUGUAGUUCCCACAGAUUAACAGCAGAUGGAGUAGAUGGCCUAGUGAACAGGGAGCCAAUAAGCGGAGCCCUGAAGCAGGAGCUGGUGGAGGGAGACCAGGACCUCGUAGGCCAGCGCUGGAACCCAGGUUUACAAGAAAGUCACUUGAAGGAAACCCCAUCGUUGGGGCGGGUGCAUUUGGGGACCGGCGCAUGUCCUUGGAGUGGUUCUUUUCCAUUGGAAAACACAGAAUUGGCAAAUGUGGGAGCUAACCAGGUCACUGUAAGAAAAGGGGAAAAGGACCAUGCAACUCAUUGUCGUGCCAGCGGUCGUGCCAACCAACUGUCCAUUCACAUUCCCGGCUGGAGUUACAGGGCAGUACACACAAAAGUAUUUUCUGGAAGCAGCAAGAGGCAGCAAGGAGAAGCAUGCAUGACUCUAUCUGCUCCUCCAGUGGAACAGAAGCCCACUAGACAUUUCCUUCCCAUUGGGGAUAGCUCUCCAAGCAAUGACUGUCUGUCUAGAGACCUUUCUGAACCCACAGAGAGACGACAUCAAAACUUCCUGAAACCCAGAAUCCUUUUUCCUGGGUUUCUUUACCCCUUACAAGAUGUAUGUGCAUCUCCACAGGAAGACAAUGGUGUUCAGAUAGAAAGCAAGUGCCCCAAAGGAGAUUACACGUGCUGUGACUUGGUUGUAAAAAUAAAGGAAUGUAAGAAGAGUGAGGACCCCACCACGCCUGAGCCCUCCACGGCAGCACCCCCUGAGAGAGCAGGGAGCCCUGGCCUGUCCGAAGACUGUUCUGAGCCUCAGCAAACGCCUGCAAGAUCCUUGACCUUGCAAGAAGCACUGGAAGUUCGUAAGCCUCAGUUCAUUUCUCGCUCACAAGAACGGCUGAAAAAGCUCGAACACAUGGUCCAGCAGAGGAAAGCCCAGCGGAAGGAGGACCUGAGGCAGAAGCAGAGCGUCCUUCCCAUCCGCACCAGCAAGAAGCAGUUCACGGUUCCCCAUCCUCUGAGUGAUAACUUGUUCAAACCCAAAGAACGGUGCAUUUCAGAGAAGGAGAUGCAUAUGCGAUCUAAGAGAAUCUAUAAUAACUUGCCGGAAGUUAAAAAGAAAAAAGAAGAACAAAGGAAAAGGGUGAUCUUACAAAGUAACAGACUCCGUGCCGAAGUCUUCAAAAAGCAAUUACUGGACCAGCUCCUUCAAAGGAAUGCGGUCUAACCGCAGGCUGCCCUGCUGACCACACUACCUGGACCUGGGAGGACUUCAAAUGCUGGAUAAGCCAUUAAACUUAGCAAUAUCUUCAUGAUGGGAAAACACUUAUUUUACCUUUGAUUUUUUUUCCAUAAAGGAAAACAUCACUUCCUGAAUUACUGACCCAAGCCAAACAGAAACAAUAACACUUGAGGAAAUAGGUCAACAAUCUGUUGUGGGGAAUCCACCUCCAUGUAACCCACUAGAUACAGUCCUCUUCACGUUUUUGCUUCUGAGUUGUACCUUUUGCUUCUGAUUUCUUCUACCCUGCUGUUUCCUGCCCAUCAGAGAGGCCUUAUACAAGCAAGUUUGCUUACAUCCCUAGGGAAUAUUUUACAUCAAACUUUUGGGAUCCAAAUCCAUAUCCUUUUAAAUUUCAAUACCAACACCUGCCAGUUAUGCAAAUGCCAAAAUGUGUGUCAGCAUACAGUAUCUUUUUAGACUUUCUGAACAUGUACACCACCAAUGCUAGAGGUUGACUUGGAAACCAGUGGGUGCAACGCCCGAGGCUGUGGAACAAUCAGCCCAUCUCUUUGUGAUCUGAAGCAGUCAGAGUGGCCCUCAGUCACCCCGCCCCUAGCACCAUUCCUCACCAGGGAGAAAAGAAUCCAUUGCUAUGGAAGCUCUGGUGUAACUGCAGUGUUUUCUGCAACACUCCUCCUGCCCCACCCCAUAAAAAAUGUUGUUUUGUUAAGAAAUAGCCUAAUGGUUCAGCUUUGCUGUCUGUGCUUCCAAAUGUUUAUAAUACACAUUAUUUAUAAAUAUGUGUGUUUGGGAAGCUAAGAACAAGCUAGUUUUUACAACACAAAUGGAAAUAAAUGCAAUUAUUAUAAAAAUUAAAGUAUUUCUCUGUUAUAUAUUCUGUCAUGAAGUAGGUGGCCAGGAUAGAUAACAUAAGGUAUAAAAUGCUGCCCAAGACCCAGCAGGCACCACUGACCUGCUCCACAUCCUCUUCUGCUUCUGACCACCAUGGAAGUCCUUGUGAUUCUAGAUGCUCCAGUGGAUAAUGUUGCCUCCUAGACAACUGGUAAAAGAAAAGCUGGUAAAACCAUUGAGAGCAAGAUUUAGGAUCCUUCAGACUCUAAAUCUUACUAGGAUUCUCCCUGGGAAUGAAACAAAAGGUUUGGGGAUGAAGCAGGAGCUUGGUAAUACCUAUGUCCCUUCCCUGAAGUUAUCACCCUUCCUUCCUUCCUCCCACUGCUGUACAUACUGUCCCCUCUUUCUGAAAUGCCUUUCUUUUACACAUCUGCUGCAAACUGUUUAAAACUCCACCCUGGGGUUCUCUCCUGACAUGUGUCCUCUCUGCCUUGCCCUCCAGUAUGAAUCAGAGACCUCACAUCAGCACACACGGCAUCAGACCUGUGCCCUCCUGCCCACGCAAGGGUCUGACAACACUGUCAAGCACGGAAGAUGCCUGAUUUCCAAUCUUGGCGGCUGCUCCCUGGUCUGUGGCCUCUGGCAAGGGUGUCAGUCUGGGUCCAGCUAGGAGAGAGAAACCACACAGUCAUUUGAAUGGAAAAGUUUAAUAUGUUUAAUCAUUAACCUUAAUAGCAGAUUAGAGUAGCAAAAGGUUGGCUAGUAGGUUGUAAAGAUAGCCCUCAAGAAUAGAGUGGGUACAGCAAAUACAAGGAGUCCUAGGAAGAGUGUUCCUCCUAGUCCUGGGCUGAGGGGGAACCACAGGGGCUUGGCAGGUGGUGGAGAAGUUUCUGUGGUGGCAUGCCAGUGGAACUUGGUGAAAAUCUACAAAUCUCUCUGGAACUUGCCAGAGAUCUGCCCUCUAGGAUCCACAGGGAACCGUCUCCUUGGAGACACUGCUACAAUACCACCUCAGGGAGGGGACUGGGGAAGCAGCUGGCCAUGAGUGCUGCUGGCCACAUGCCACCUGCAGGGCCUGGUGCUGGAGCUGGCUGGGCAAAUACACUGCCUCUGGGAAGCAGCACCUUUUUCUCCUGCAGUUUCUCUCUAGCUCUCUCUACUGACAAAGCCUAACAUUGUGUCAGCUAGCAAAGGGAAAAUACUGAAAGGGCCUGGAUCCAUUUUAACAAAGCAGGCAAAAAGGGUGAAUAUGGAGUGAGAGAGAAUAUGAUCAAUAUCUGGCACAGUGAGUUAUUUAACCUUGUCUUUGUUUCCUUAACCACAAAAUGCGGAUGAUUAUAGUGCUCCCUUCAUAAGGUUGCUAUGGGAAUUGAAUAAGCCAGUGAGUGUUGAAUGCUUAGAAGUAUGACUAGCCUAAAGCAAACACACCAUGAGUGUUUCCUAUUCUAAGUAGAGGUGGAAGUUAGGACUGUCUUGGGAAACCUAAGAGCACAGGGGCUGUGAGUUGGUCCUCCUGGAAUCCCUCAGCUCUGUAGUGAGUGCUACACAAGACCAUUGAACUCAUGGGUGCUGGUACAGCCAAAACCUGCCAAUAUAAAUAGGGUGCUUCAUAAACUCCUUCCUUUUAUGUUCUUCUCACACUCAGAAACCAUUUCAGCAGGGUGACAAGCUUGCCUUCAGGUUAAUUUCUGUUUUCUUGAACUCAUUAGACCUCUUCCAGGAUGUUACACUGAAUUUCUAUUUACACUUUAAGUGAUUUUUUAGAAAACAUUUAAAUCAAAUCUAUGAUAUUAGUUAAGGACAGUCUUUCCCAGAUAAGGAUCUUGCACGUGGCUAGGUAUGAUGGCUUAUGCCUGCAAUCUCAGCACUUUGGGAGGCCGAGAUGGAAGGAUCUCUUGAGCACAGGAGUUUAAGACCGGCCUGGCAACAUGGUGAAACCCUGUCUCUACAAAGAAUGCAAAAACUCAUCAGGCUAAUGUUUUAAUUUUCUAUAAUCAGUCAUUUAAACUCAGGGCCCAACCACUUCUAGACUGUUCUAUGACACUUUUUAGAUUUGUGUUGCCUGACAUUUAAAGAGAGAAUGCUUAGAUGGAGCCAACCUUCAAAAAUGCCCACAAAGAGCCUCAUCCCCUUUGCAAAUCCAAUGCCCAGCCUUAAAAUCUAAAGGAUAAACAAACAUCAGCUUGAAAGGAAAUGUCUCUGAGUCAUGUAUUUCUGAGAACAGGUCUUAACUUAGGUGGCUAGGAUGGAGAAUUAAGGUAGGAAUAUGUGAUAGCUGGUGUGAGCUGGUCUUUCCUCUGGGCAGCAGGCUCAGGACAAGGCUGGAAACUAAGAUUUGGGUUUCUGUUGAACUAAUUUUUUUUUUUUUUUUGGCCUGUUGUUGUAACCGUCCUUCGAUGCUGAGAAAGGAAUUCAGAUAGCCAGUAUUUCUUUUCUAUUAUGAAAGAUGUUAGCAGGAAUAUAAUGUAAUUAUGUUAUAAUUCCUAUGAAAGUAAAGCCCUGAAGAAUCGUAACUGCUGUCCUUUAUAUUUUGCUCAGGAAUUGGUUACCCAUUUUUUGAAUUCUGUUAUUAAAAUCAGACUUCAGGGAAUAUUUUGAGGUUUUGGAAAAUUCUAAAUAGAAUUUACCAUUGUAACUUCAAUCAUUAAAUUCUGUUCUGGAAUAGAUUUAUUUACGUCUGAGUGUGUUUCAGUUCUGGCCUAAAACAAUUCUUUAGUGAUACAGCUGGCAGCAAGGGGUAAAGAUUGUUAGACGAUAUUCAUGAGCUUAGACCAAGCAACAUCUGAAAUAACUUGAGGUAUCCAGGUGGUGACAGCACCGGACCAUCUCACUGUGGUCUCCAUGACUUCAUGUCGAAAGAGCAAUUCCUAUUUCGGCUGUUUUCUCCGCCAGCCGGUAAUGAAAUAAUGGAAAAACAAUUGCCUUGGUUUUGUUAGUGUCUAUUGCCAACCAAACUUCCUGGAAGUUUGUGGGCUCCCCGAGUGAGUCAGCAAAUGCUUGCUCGGAUGUAACAGGGCUCUUUGAAGAAACUAUUUCUGAAACAGCCAAUUGUGGGAGAGCAGUUGAGACUUUGAUGCCUGAGGUUCUCCCAUUUCAACAUUUGGUAUAAAAAUUGCAGGCAAGGGGCCUGGUCUCUGACAGCAUCAAAUGACCAACGGUCUGAGUAUGGGGCACAUCAGGGGCAGAAUAAGAGAAGAGAAAGUGGGGUGAUGUGGCUGCCCAAAGGAGGUAUCUGGCAGUUGGUGUGUGAGAGCUCUGGGUUCGGGAAAUAACACAAGAAAAACGAUCCACUGUGGGUCUGUGUGAGUGUGUCUGCAUGAGCAUUAAAAGCAAAGGAAAUAAUCUGUUUGGUAAUGAAAAUGAGCCCAUGAGCAGAGGGUUUUACGUUACAGAGUUCAUUGUAGUUGUGCUUUUAUCAAUACUUGAUAAUUACCCACGAAUGUCUAGCUCUAAUAGAAACCUUUUGGAAGUGGCUGUCACUGGCUGAAGCAGCCCGCACCGGGACUGAAUGGCUUUGGAAAUCUCCCCAGCCUUCUCCUGAGUGUCCCACGCUGAAGGAACGUUUCCCCACUUAGGCAGGAGAGCAGGCUGCCUGGGAGACCCUUGAAAUUCCAUCAGAUCCACCCUUUCUCCCCACAGCCGCUGCUUGUUUGGGAGUGGGGGAACUCCUUUACUCACACAGCUGUUUCAGCCAUAUGGAAUGGAGCCACGACUUUGGCAUGUCACUUCCAAAAUUCAAGGAUUUUUUUCAAGUCAGGUCAAUUGCCUCAGGCACAGUUUUGAUCCUGAGACCCCAAGAAACGGUCUGAGGUAAUGGCCUGGAGUGUGUGUUGGGCAGGGGGGUUGAAAUCCUUCCAUUUUUUAUCCUUCUCCGAGAAGGUUUCCGCAUACACAUUCUGGAUGCUGCCGUGACCUGCCAGGGUGCAGCCAGAAACAGGAUGUCAACCUGUGGCUCUUCUCUCAGAUCUUUGCGCAUCAGGGACUUGAAGAGCAGGGAGGGGAGGAAGAGACUGGACUUGCCUCUAGAAUCUUAAAAAAUGCUGGGUUAUUCUUAUCAAAGCUUAAAAGGAAAGAAAAAGCAGCUUAUUAUGAUCUGAAUUGCUGCUGAGAAAAAAAAAAGAAUUUCUUUAAAUCAUUUUUAUUAAAUAGCACCAAGAGUGAAUGGCAUAGGAAAAAGUGUCCUUUUGAUGACUUUCAGAGCAUUCUUCCUCUGUUUAAACAUCUCUACUUUCCCGACAUGCCUGAAACGGUACAACAGCUGUAACUGACAUCAGGCAAAAGAUAAUUACAACCGUCACCCAUGUUAACUCCAUACGCCGGGUAAUAUCCUUUCAUCAAAGCCAACGGGGCUGCCUGCUUUACCUGCCCAGUGAUGUCAGGGAGAGGGAAAUUAUAAAUCUUCUCACAGCUGCCAAUUGAUAAAGAAAUAAACCACACUUUUGUGUUAUAUCCACUAUGGUUCCUCUUGGCUGAUGUUAUCACAUGGGUACCAAAGAAAUUAGUGAUGACAGCACACUUAACAGGUACACGUUGCCAAAUAUGUGCUUAACAUGAAAAGCUACUGAGUGCAUAGACAAGAGGUUUUGUGUUUGUUUUUGUUUAAAAAUAUACCCGAAGGCGAGUAAAGCCAGAUUUAAUUAUUAUAGGCUGACAUAAUUAAAAUGCCCGGUCUUACUCUCUCAGCUGAAAUGUUUAUUGAAUCAAAAUGACAGAAUAAUUCAAAAUAUUUUCUGUUAUUGGUUUUUGUUUUUGUUUUUGUUUUUCCAGUAGCAUGUGACAUUGUAUUAACAAGGCUGAGCCUGGCUCUUUACAAUGGAAAACAAAUGUUUGUUCAUGGAUUAAACUGAGGUGUAUGGAUACCAAUAUUUCUCGAUAGCGAUAUUGAUUCAGAUGUAUGAUGCAUAUGUUUCCAUUGAAGCAUUUCUUCCUGAUGAGGGUGUUUCAACCCUAAAUCUCAAUUAGCAGUUGAUUAAUAUUCCCCCUCCUCCCACCCCCUCAACACAGGAAGUGUUUUCUGAUCGGUUGGUGAACAACCUCUAAACAGAGACAAGAGCCUGAGCAGAAAACUCCUGAACCCAGAGAGUGCAUUCUGAACACUUCUCAAAAUAAUAGCUUACAUUUGUUUUCUUCUGAGUGCUAACCAAGCGACAUUCACUUGUCAUCCACUUUAUGUGUUCCCGCUGGGUCACAGCAGCCUUAAGUCAUGCAAAUUAAUUGUUGCCUCUGUAUAUCCCAUUCCCGCCCUGGCCCUUUUAGGAGCUUCCACCCUACUGCUAAGUGGGGCAGCAAGUUAAUAUCUUGUCUCUUCUGUUCCUUUUGGAAGUGCUGUCACUGGCUACAGCAGCCCGCAUGUGGGACUGAAUCACUUUGGAAAUCCUCCCAGCCUUCUCUUGAAACAAACAGUUCCAUUUCAUGUACAGGUCCCAUCAGUUUGAAAUGAAGCCCUGCCCAGGCCCACACUUGGCCUUUCUGAGUUCUGCCACCACCAGCUCCUCCCCAAGCUUGCAGCUAGCUUCAUGAUGGGGCUUCCUGGGGAGGGGAUGAGCAGGACAGUCUCAGCUCUGUGUCCAGGGUCCUUGGGUAGCAAUGGAACUGCUAUGGACUGAAUGUUUGUGUUUAUAUGUUGAAGCUCUAAUCCCCAAUGUGACUGUCUGUAUUUGGAGAUGGGGCCUCUAAUAAAGUAAUUAAGGUUAAAUGAAGUCAUAGGGUGGGGCCCUGAUCUGAUGGAAUUAGUGUCCUUAUAAGAAAAGACUCCAGAGCCUUCUCUGUCUCUGCCUCUGCCUCUGCCUCUGUCUCUGCCUCUGCCUCUGUCUCUCUCUGAGAGCACACAAGGAAGAGGCCCCGUGAGCACACAGUGAGAUGAUAGCAGCCUACAAGCCAAGAGAAGAGACCUCAGAAUGAAACCUACUCUUCCAGAACCUUGAUCCUGGACAUCUCAACCUCCAGAACUGUCAGCUCACCCAGACAGCUUCCUUCAGCCCUGAAACAGAUCGAUUGAGCACCAGAUGAAGUUGGCAUGGAUGGGAGAUGUGAUGUACAAGAGAAAAGCAAACAUUGCUUGAGUUCUCUCCCCAAAGUCAAAAGUAAUGGGACAGUCAGACCCUCCUGAAAUUCUAAGCAGAAAUUGCUGCUACAUUUGAAUCAGAUUCUAAGAGAUCAUCAAUAUUCGAAGGUGCACAUCGUAAUUCAAGUCUCUGAAGAGGAAGAAGGAAGAUGUUGACUUCAGUCUUCAUUUAGUCCUGUUAUGGGACUUCCAGACACUGGACAAAGCUCAUCCCUGCAGUCAGUUGGAGGAUAUUGUCCUGGAAGGGGCAGCUUUCACAUAUGGUUUGAAUUCAAUUAGCCAGCUCCUCUGAGAGCCACUAGAGUACCAUUUAGGACACUGCUUCUUGAAUUCUCAUUUGCAGUCUUGCAAAUAAUUUUCAAAGAUCAUUAGACCAUAAGGAGUUUUCAUUACCCUUCAUUCAUGUCAACAGCAAACACUUACUGAUUGAGCGUCCACUUGGUGCCCUCUGCUAGGUGCUUCCAGGUACGUCCAAAAAGGGAUGCAGUACAAAAAAUUAAAAUGACUAGAAGCAGCAGCAUAUGGAAGGUAUGGAAGGUAAAAUCUUUCCAAUAAGAGCAAUGGAAGAAACGUUUCUACAAAUGUUAAGCUGUAAGUCAAAUGUUUUUAAAAAGAAAGAAAAGACAAAUUUGAUUAGACAAAAAUAAGAAACUGCUUGCUGUGGUCUGAAUGUAUCCCCCCAAAUUCAUAUGUUGAACUUUAAUUGCCAAUGUGAGAGUAUUAGGAGGUAGGGCCUUUAGGAGGUGAUUAAGUCUCUGCCUUCAUGAAUGGGAUUAGUGCCUUUAUAAAAGAGGUGCAAGGAAGCUGCUCAUCCACUCCACCGCGUGAGGAUGCAUCCAAAGGUGCCAUCUGUGAAGCAGAGAAUGCCCUUCAAACUAGACAUCAAACCUAAAUUGGCCUUGAUCUUGGGCUUUUCACCCUCCAGAACUAUGAGCAAUAAAUUUCUGUUUUUUAUAAAUUA